ACAUCACAUGAUCCCACUAGCAUUGGAUCCUUCACAACACAUUCAAAUAUCAAAUAUAAAUCUCAUCACCUCAGCUUCAAAGCUAACAAAUCACUAUAACCUAUUACUUACUAUCUUAAUCACCUCAUAUUUCACUCACCCUGCAGCAGAAAGUACACCAUUAACAUCCUUCAACUUAAUUUACAGCAUGAGUAUGAAGAGCCAUUCAAGAAUACUAGCUGCUUUUGUUCUAGCACUUCUCUUGAUUCUUAGCUCAGAGUCCAAUGCUGCACAUGCAGCUCGCUUCCUCAUCAGUAAAGAGUAUCCCUCUGCGAAAACUUCAACAUCACAAACACUCAACGGUCUGCAUGCAAAUCAGAAGAAACCAUACAAGAAAGUUGAUUCAAGCUUUAGAAGAAUACCUCCAAGCAGAUGGAAUCCUAUACAAAACAAGUUCAAGCCUCCGUAGGAUGACUAAACCUCAGCAAAGAACAGUCCCUUCAAAGCAAUUUCUUCAUUCAAUAUCAAUGUAGUUUGAUAGUACAAAGUUAGUUUUCACUAUCCAGUUAGGAUAGUCACUUGCAGCACAAAU